CUAAGCUACGUUGCGGACAGACGGCUUCGGACAACAUGAAUCUGCAAUCUCUGUUUCAGGAUUUUAAUCCCAGUAAAUUUGUAGUCCAUUGUUGUUUGUUCACCUUCACCAUUUUAUUCUGUCUUCGAUUGGACGGAUUUAUCGAUUGGCCUUACUGGGUCGUGUUUGUGCCAUUAUGGGUGUGGAAAUCGAUUGCAACCCUCGGCGCUAUAGUGGGAGCCGUUGUUUGGUGCCGCCAUCCACACUACAGAGUCGAAGGUGAUUCGUAUUCACACUUCAAAGCAAUGCUAAUAUCGUUGUCUUUGCAUUUGAUACUGUUGAUGUUUGAGCUGCUUGCCUGCGAUCGUCUCACCUCCGGAAGACACCUUUGGGUGUUGGUAUUCAUCCCACUGAUAUUCGGUAGCGCGGCCAGCGUUGGCGCUUGUGUGUGGGCCGUUAAACACGAUCGAUCGUUCGAGCUGGAGCUGUUUUGUGCCGUCAAUGCCCUGCAGUUCGUAUUUCUGCCUCUCAAACUGGAUGGACUCGUAUCGUGGAGCUGGGAAGUGGUGUUCGUGCCACUGUGGAUAGUGCUCUGCCUCAGUCUGGUAGCUGUUCUGUACAGCAUUAUAUUUAGCGUCAUCCUACUACGCACGCCAGAAGUUUCAGUACAGCAGAAGAAAUCGGCAUUCUAUUCUGCCAUCGGUAACUGUGCCACCGUGAUUCCAGUGCUAGUGUUUCAGGUGCUCCUUGCUGACAAGCUCGAUGAGGACCUAAACUGGCCCUACAUAGCUGUGGCUGGUCCGCUCUUAGUUGCUUUAUUUACGUUGAUUUUACUCAGCUUCAACGCCAAAGGAGGGAACAAAUGGUGGUUCGGUAUACGGAAAAACUUCAGCCAGUUCCUGCUAGGUGUGCUUCCAUGUCUGCAAGAGUACGGAAACAUAUCAUAUCAUGCGGACAGUGGUCAGACUGUGCCACUGGAUAGCGCCAACGUACAGAUGGAUGAUUUUGAGAAGUACGACAAAAAGAGUAAAAAGGCGCUAACGAAAAAGAACGAUCACCUAAAACCAGUCGUACCGAUCGUCAGCAUAGAGCUACCAGAUUGAAAAUUU